GCGCGUUACUUCGUCCACGUGGGUGAUUAGAGUCUAACUGCUGUACAGAUGAGUUCGAAGCCUGAAAUCCUUACGUCUAACGACACGUUUCUUUUCACGUCCGAGUCGGUCGGUGAAGGUCACCCGGACAAGCUGUGCGACCAAGUGUCUGAUGCAGUGCUAGACGAGUGCCUGAGGCAAGACCCCAACUCAAAAGUUGCCUGCGAAACGGCUACAAAGACUGGCAUGAUUAUGCUUUUGGGUGAAAUAACAACACGAGGCAAUAUUGACUACCAGAAAAUUGUAAGGGACACUGUCAAGGAGAUUGGAUUUGAUGAUUCUGCCAAAGGAUUUGACUAUAAAACGUGCAAUGUCUUGGUGGCUAUUGAACAGCAGAGUCCUGAGAUUGCAACUGCAGUGCAUCAGGGAAAAGACACGGAGGACGUUGGGGCUGGAGACCAGGGUUUAAUGUUUGGAUAUGCUACUGAUGAGACAGAAGACUACAUGCCACUGACUGUCAUUCUUGCUCACAAGCUGAACCAGCAGAUGGGUAUAUUGAGGAGGAAUGGGAAACUCAAAUGGCUGCGACCAGACUCCAAGACACAGGUCACUGUUCAAUAUAAGAUGGACAGUGGAGCUGUUGUGCCCAUGCGAGUUCACACUGUUGUUAUAUCAGUUCAGCAUACCCCUGAUGUGACAUCAGAACAGAUGGACAAAGAUCUAAGAGAACAUGUCAUCAAGCCUGUGAUACCUGCCAAGUACCUUGACAACAAAACUGUCUAUCAUCUCCAACCAUCAGGAAGUUUUGUUAUAGGAGGACCUCAGGGAGAUGCUGGUGUGACGGGUAGGAAGAUUAUUGUUGAUACAUACGGUGGAUGGGGAGCUCACGGUGGAGGAGCAUUUUCAGGAAAAGACCCAACAAAGGUCGAUCGAUCAGCUGCGUAUGCUGCUCGUUGGGUAGCAAAGUCUCUCGUAGCUGCUGGACUGGCAAGGAGAAUCCUAGUUCAGGUUUCAUAUGCUAUUGGUGUAGCCGAGCCUCUUUCCAUUCACGUGGAUUCUUAUGGCACUGGAAAGAAGACUGACAGUGAAUUGCUUGAGAUCAUUAGAAAAAAUUUUGAUCUCCGUCCUGGUGUUAUUGUUAGGGACCUGAAGCUGAAGACCCCAAUAUACCAGGAUACUGGCUGCUUUGGUCAUUUUGGACGAGACAAAUUUUCAUGGGAGAAGCCGAAGAAACUGUUCUUUUAGUUAUAAGUGAUGAAGUUCUAGUAUUUAUGACUAUUGGUAUGAGCUCUUAUAGCUAGAAUGGAACUGUCCAUCAUGUAUUCUAGAGAUGAGUUCUUAUGUUCUCACCGUUGUGGCCACUUUUCCUGUACACUGGUGUUUAUGUUAUAGUUGAAGCAAACAUAGAAAACUUGUUAA